UCAGAAGAUUACAAAAACAUAACUUUCAGUUUUCACCCAAAAGAUAACAAUAAAUAAAGCAACAAGGUACUCAAAUUCCGCAGUCUUCACCGAACAUUUUCAUUUCCAUGAACCUUGCAUCUACCAAAAGAUUAUCACAUCCAUGGCCACAGUUGUGAAGCUCCACGUUUUCCCAGAAAGUUUGAGCCAACACAAAACGAAGUUGCUUAGGGGUCUUGGCUCGUGCCCUUCACCUGGGGUGCUGGGUUUUGGCCGUAAUUGUGGUGGGUUUUAUGUGAAAGAAUGUAGGGCUUUUAGGACAGAUGAUGGUGGGGAUGCGAAGGAGAAAAAGUUUCGAACUUUGAAGAAGAAUGAGGUCAAACUCGAAAGGGAAAGUGGGUUUUGGAGUUCCUUAAGGUCUAUCUUGUUGAGGAAUUUAAUGGUUGGUUCAAAAUCAGAUGAUGAGUAUCGCCAAGCUGUGGUGAGGGUGGAGGAGGUGCUGUCCUCAAUUGCCAUUCAAAUUGGAAGGUAUAUUGUGACCAUGAUGAGCACUGGGGUCAUUCUUUCAAUUGGAUUUCAGAUGUCAGGUGGAGAUAGUCAGAUGGAUGCAUUGAUAUGGUAUAGUUGGUUAGGAGGAAUAAUCAUUGGGACAAUGAUAGGGGCUAACAUGGUGUUGGAGGAACAUUGUCGUGCCGGUCCACGCAAUGUUGUCAUAACAGGGAGUACCAGGGGAUUGGGUAAAGCCUUAGCUCGAGAAUUUCUUCUUUCUGGAGAUCGUGUGGUUGUUACCUCUCGCAGUCCUGAGUCUGUGCAAGCAACUAUCAAAGAGCUUGAGGAAAAUCUAAAGGAAGGGAUUGCCAAUGCAGUUGGCUCAUCUCUCACAAAGCUUUCUCAGGCAAAAGUGGUAGGCAUUGCUUGUGAUGUUUGUGAGCCUUAUGAUGUGCAGAGAUUGGCUAACUUUGCUGUCAAAGAACUUGGUCAUGUUGACAUUUGGAUAAAUAAUGCUGGAACAAAUAAAGGUUUUAGACCAUUGCUUCAGUUUAGUGAUGAAGAUAUUAAACAGAUUGUCUCAACAAAUUUGGUCGGAUCUAUCCUUUGCACACGAGAAGCCAUGCGUAUUAUGAGAAACCAAACUAAAGCAGGUCAUGUAUUUAAUAUGGACGGUGCGGGUUCUGGAGGCUCUAGCACACCUUUGACUGCUGUAUAUGGUUCUACAAAGUGUGGCCUUAGGCAACUUCAAGGAUCACUAUUAAAGGAAUGCAAGCGCUCCAAAGUAGGUGUCCAUACUGCAUCUCCUGGCAUGGUUCUCACAGAUCUGCUUUUAAGUGGCUCAACUGUCCAAAAUAGGCAAAUGUUUAACAUCAUCUGUGAGCUUCCUGAAACUGUUGCUAGAACAUUAGUUCCACGGAUGCGGGUUGUUAAGGGAACGGGCAAAGCCAUCAAUUACUUGACCCCUCCCAGAAUCUUACUUGCUUUGGUAACUGCUUGGUUACGGCGGGGUCGCUGGUUUGAUGAUCAGGGACGAGCAUUGUAUGCAGCUGAAGCAGAUCGGCUCCGUAAUUGGGCCGAAGAUCGGGCCCGGUUUUCUUUCACUGAUGCAAUGGAAAUGUACACAGAAAACACUUGGUUAUCAGUAUUCUCACUUUCAGUUGUCUGUGCCUUCAUAAUUCUUUCCAGCACAGGCAACACUUUGCCUGGAACAUGAUGUCUUGCUGCCAAUGCACGAGUGCAUCUGCUUUCUGUGGACAGGCAAAAUUGGUGCCUGAAAUCAUCAAGACAACAAAUGCAUCCAAAUCUAAACCUAAAUCAUAAACAAAGUGGAUCUGUUGUUUUUUUCCCACCAUGUCCACCUAAACAAUUAUCCUUUGACACACUUAGUUGUUUGUGACAUUUAGCUCGGACAUUUGGUUCCCCAUCUACUAUGUAUAGGCUGUUCUUCAAUCAAGCAUUCUUCAUUUAGAUGCUUAUAGUCAUAGUGUGUUACUAUGUAUAGCCUUCAUUGAAUUGUAGACUAGUGAAAUCUCAUAUUUUCUACCCAAUAUAUUUAUUUGAAUGUAUGUUUAUCAGGGAGCUUGAAUAUGAAAUUUAUAUUGGACAUUGGACAGCUCGUGUUUAAUGUUAUA